AUGAAAACAGCAGGCGUUCAACUUUUAGACACAAGUGCCAAUGAAGAGCGUGGUGAAAUGGCUCGUAUGUCCGCAUUCACAGGUGCUAUGGCUAUCUGCGACCUUGUUAAGACAACAUUAGGUCCAAAAGGUAUGGACAAGAUUCUUCAAUCACUCUCAAACCUCGAUACAAUUAAUGUAACAAAUGAUGGUGCUACAAUCCUUAAGUCAAUCGUUAUUGAUAACCCAGCAGCUCGUAUCAUUGUUGAUCUUUCACAAGCUCAGGAUGCUGAAGUUGGUGAUGGCACAACAUCCGUUGCCGUUCUUUGCGGACAGUUACUUCACGAAGCAGAGAAUCUUGUUGGCCAAGGCAUCCAUCCACAGACCAUUGUCAAGGGAUGGCACGAGGCCGUUCAAGUUGCUUUAAAGGCUCUUGAAGGCUCUGCUAAGGAUAACUCCGUCGACAACGCUAAGUUCCGUGAAGAUCUUCUUAACGUCGCUCGUACAACACUCAACAGUAAAGUCCUUGCUAUGGAACGCGACCACUUUGCUGAGAUCGCCGUUUCCGCUGUUGAGCGCCUUCGCGAUCCAUCUCGUCUCGAUGCAAUUUCCAUUGUUAAAGUUACAGGUGGAGCCCUUCGCGAAUCCGAGCUUGUCGAUGGCCUCAUCCUCAAGUGCCACUUCGGUAUUGGCCAGCCACAGAAGAUCGAAGACGCCAAGAUCCUUAUCGCAAACACAUCCAUGGAUGCCGAUAAGAUCAAGAUCAACGGUGCCAAGAUUGAGACAGAUUCCCCAGAACAGCUCGCCAAGAUCGAGCAGGCAGAGCGCCAGAAGAUGCUUACAAAGUGCGACAAGAUUGCCGCUCACAAGCCAACACUUUUCGUUAACCGCCAGCUCAUCUACAACCUUCCAGAACAAUACUUCACAGAACACCAUAUCAACUCUAUCGAACAGGCAGAUUUCGCCGGUGUCGAACGCCUUGCACUUGUUACAGGCGGUGACAUCGUUUCUACAUUCGAUACACCAGACAAGGUCAAGCUCGGCUACGCAAAGACCGUUGAAUCCAUCAUGAUCGGUGAAGAUAAGUUAAUCCGCUUCACAGGAUGCCACGAACCAGCCACAUCUACAGUUGUUCUUCGUGGUGCUACACAACAGAUGCUCGAUGAAGCAGAGCGUGCUCUCCACGAUGCUCUUUGCGUCAUCGCAUCAAUGAUGACAGAGAAGCGCACAGUUUACGGUGCAGGAUGCUCCGAAAUCCUCAUGGCUGAGGCUGUUGAUAACGCCGCCCGCCAUACACCAGGCAAAGUCUCCCUUGCCAUGGAAGGAUUCGCUCGGGCUCUCCGCCAGAUCCCAACAAUCAUCGCUGGAAACGCUGGCCUCGAUGCUCCAGAAAUCGUCGCUUCAAUCCGCGCUGCCCACGCCGAAGGAAAGCACACAUACGGCCUCGACAUCAAGAAAGGAGGAGUUGCUGACAUCGCUGAACUCGGUAUCACUGAGAGCUUCCGCGUAAAGCGCCAGGUACUUAUCUCUGCUUCUGAAGCUGCUGAGCAGAUCCUUCGCGUCGAUGAAAUCAUUACUUGCGCUCCAGCUCGCCAAAAACGCUAA